GGUCCCCCGCUGUGCCACGACCGAUCCGACCAAAAUGGCCGAAGGAGCAAAAGUGUUUAAGAAGACCAGCCCCAAUGGCAAGUUGUCCAUCUACCUGGGGAAGAGAGAUUUUGUGGAUCACGUGGAGUCCGUGGAAGCUGUAGAUGGCAUCUGCUUGAUUGACCCAGAGUACCUAAAGGACAGAAAAGUGUACGUGACGCUGACGUGCGCGUUUCGCUAUGGCCGGGAUGACCUCGACGUUAUUGGGUUGACCUUCAGGAAGGACAUCUAUGUCCAGACCACUCAGAUCUUCCCCCCGGUGCCGGACCAGGUGCCCAAAACCCACACUCCUUUGCAGGAGAAGCUGCUGAAGAAGCUGGGCGAGAACGCCUACCCCUUCACGUUCGAGAUUGCAACCAACCUGCCCUGCUCGGUCACCCUCCAGCCCGGACCGGACGAUGUCGGAAAGGCCUGCGGAGUGGACUUUGAGGUCAAAGGAUUUUGCGCUGAAAAUCUGGAGGAGAAAAUUCACAAGAGGAACUCGGUGCGGCUCGUCAUCCGAAAGAUCCAGUUUGCACCGGUGAAAACGGGGCCCGCGCCAAAGUCGGAGACCACCCGGCAGUUCAUGAUGUCCGACAAGCCCUUGCACCUCGAAGCCUCGCUGGAUAGGGAGAUCUACUACCAUGGAGACCCCAUCAAUGUGACUGUCAACAUCAAUAACACCACCAGCAAGAUAGUGAAAAAAAUUAAGAUCUCAGUGGACCAGAUCACAGACGUGGUCCUCUAUUCGCUGGACAAAUACACAAAGACUGUGUGCGCUGAGGAGAUCAACGAGAACGUGGCGGCCAACUCCACCUUCUCCAAAACCUACUCCGUGACGCCCAUGCUCUCGGCCAACCGCGAGAAGCGAGGCCUGGCUCUCGACGGCAAGCUGAAGCACGAGGACACCAACCUGGCCUCCACCACCAUCCUGAGACCUGGCAUGGACAAGGAGGUGCUGGGGAUCCUGGUGUCUUACAAAGUGAAGGUCAACCUGGUGGUGUCCCGAGGAGGCGCUUUUCCUUCCAGCGACGUCGGUGUUGAGCUGCCGGUCAUCCUGAUGCACCCGAAGCCUGCGGACGAUAAGCCAAGGAGCGAGGAGGACAUUGUCAUCGAGGAAUUUGCUCGCCACAAACUCAAGGGGGAAAAAGAUGAUGAAGACGAGAAGGAGGAAGCUGACAAAGAAGAGAGCUAACCUGCUGCCUGGCUAGCAUGGUAGAGCCCAGUCCCGCGCACCAGGACCCGGGGCGUAGCUUUCCGUAGCGCAUUCCCCAACGCGCCUAGCGCAGCGCAAGUAUCUCAGCAAACCUCUUUCCUCCAUCUGUGGUGCAAUAUAUCCCUGUAGGUCUAUUCUCCUCCUCCCUCAAAUACCACUCCUUGCACUGACUCGAAGUCCUGAUUGCAGUUGAAAACCAGCUGAUGUAUUUACUCACGACACUAUUGCGAUGGAAAUCACAGUUCCUUGUAGAACAGACAUCUCGGGCGUUUCUACCUCUGCUCAGAAAGUGAGAAACCACCCACAGAUGCAAAGGUCACUCAGAGGUGGGGAUGAGACAGGUAUCCAUCUGCCUUUGGGUCUCAUCUUGCCUCUUCCUCUUUCGCCCAGUCCAAGUGUGAGAGAGGAUCUGUGAAAGGAAGGGAUAACAUCAGCAUCUCUGGCUAAUGUGAGUCGCUCUCCAGGCUCUGCUCAGGGAGAGCCCAUCUGACGGCCACAGCUCCUGUCCCACAGCUUCCCUAGGGAAGGCAGCGUGAAGUCCAGCGACCGUGUCACUGGGAGGGCGCACACGCGUCACACGCGUCACACG